AUGCACAGACAAGUCUGCAAGACCUCCGGAGGUGGGAGCAAGGGCUUCUCUGGCCGCUCUGCCGUGGUCUCUGGCAGCAGCCGCAUGAGCUGUGUGGCCCGAACAGGACGCACUGGCGGAGGGGUCUGUGGGUCCCGUGGUGGGGCCGGUGGCUUUAGUAGCCAUAGUCUCUACAACUUGGGCGGCAACAAGAGCAUCUGCAGCAGUGUGGCUGGUGGUUCCAGGGGUGGGGCCUUUGGUUUUGGAGGUGGAUUUGGAAGCUGUGGAGGUGGAUUUGGAGGUGGCAGGGGAGUAGGAGGUGGCUUUGGGGGGGCUGGUGGCUUUGGAGGGGCUGGUGGCUUUGGUGGCCCUGGUGGCUUUGGAGGAGUUGGUGGCUUUGGUGGCCCUGGUGGCUUUGGGCCUGGUGGCUUCCCUGGUGGGAUUCAAGAAGUGACUGUCAACCAGAGCCUCCUACAGCCCCUCAAUGUGGAGAUUGACCCCCAGAUUGGGGCUGUGAGAACCCAGGAGCGGGAGCAGAUCAAGACCCUCAACAACAAGUUUGCCUCCUUCAUUGACAAGGUGCGGUUCCUGGAGCAGCAGAACAAGGUCUUGGAGACCAAGUGGGACCUACUUCAGCAGCAGGGUACCAACUCUGUCACUGGCACCAACAACCUCAAUCCCCUCUUUGAGAGCUACAUCAGCAACCUUCGGAGUGUUCUGGAUAGGCUUCAGGGGGAGCGAGGGAACCUGGAUGGAGAGCUGAGGAACAUGCAAGAGUUGGUGGAAGACUUCAAAAAGAAAUAUGAAGAUGAAAUCAACAGACGCACAGGGGCUGAAAAUGAAUUUGUGACUCUGAAGAAGGAUGUGGACACCGCCUACAUGAAUAAGGUUGAGCUGCAGGCUCGGGCAGACAGCCUGAUGGAUGAAGUCAACUUCUUGAAGGCUCUCUAUGAUGCAGAACUAUCCCAGAUGCAGAGUCACGUGAGUGAUACUUCUGUGAUCCUCUCCAUGGACAACAACCGCUGUCUGGACUUGAAUAGCAUCAUUGUUGAGGUUCAAGCACAGUUUGAAGAGAUCACUGAGAGGAACAAGGCAGAGACCACGGAUCUGUACAAGUCCAAGCUAGGAGAGCUGCAAACCACAGCUGGAAGGCAUGGUGAUGACCUGAAGAGCACUAAGAGUGAGAUCAUGGAACUGAACAGGAUGAUCCAAAGGAUUCGGGCUGAGAUUGAGAAUGUCAAGAAGCAGAAUGCCAAUCUGCAGACAGCCAUAGCUGAAGCUGAGCAACGUGGGGAGCUGGCUCUCAAGGAUGCCCAGGCUAAACUCCAGGAGCUGCAGAAUGCCCUACAAAAGGCCAAGGAUGACUUGGCCCGCCUGCUGCGGGACUACCAAGAACUGAUGAAUGUGAAGUUGGCACUGGAUAUUGAGAUUGCUACCUACAGGAAGCUGUUGGAGGGAGAGGAGUGUAGGAUGUCUGGAGAGUUCCAGAACCCUGUGAGCAUCUCAGUGGUCAGCAGCACCAGCUCUACUUCAGCCUCUGCCGGUGGAUACGGCGGUGGCUUCGGUCUAGCGGGCAGCGGCGGCGGCCGGGGCAGCGGCCGGGGCAGCGGCAGUGGCUUUGUCUCCGGUGGCGGCAGUGGUUUUGGCGGUGGCAGCGGCAGCGGCAGCGGCUUCGGAGGCGGCAGCAGCAGCUUCGGAGGUGGCAGCAGCUUCGGAGGCGGCAGCGGCAGCGGCAGCGGCUCUGGAGGGCGCUCCGGCAUCAGCGGGGGUGGGAUCAGCACCGGCAGCAGCCGAGGGGGCAUCAGCAGCAGCAGCAGCAGCUCUGUCAAGUACUCUCAGUCAUCCGGCCAGCGCUCCUCCAGAUAA